GGGCUGGAAAUAGGCGGAGCAGCAUUUCAUUGGUUGAAGGCAGGAAUAAAAGUAUUAUUUCCUUGUAAGAAUGAAUAUAAAUACAUUUGUUCAGUGUUUCAUAGUCAAAGGCUAAGAGAGUGGAAAAGGGAGCCGAAUAGAUAAGUAAAGAAAUUGCUGGCCAUGAAGAUAUUCCUUCUUAUAUUUACAGUAAUAAGCCUACUAGUCAUGGCGGCAGAGUCUGGAGACAAAUUAAAAUGUGACGUGGUUGGAAUUCCUGAAAGUAUCGAGCGGGGAAGAUCAUGGCUGUUGUCACAACGUGAUAACAGAUGGGGCUGGGGCCUGGAGACGCAUCGAGCUAUUAUGACAUUGUACCUGACUAAUCAUAGUCAGUUUUCUACAGGAGACCUAAAGGACCAGCUUAUGGCCAAAGAGUUGGAGGUGCAGCUAGCUGUUGCUCUAUGGGGGCCUAACGGAAGAACGCUGUCAGCAGGUCAACUAGCCCUCUACAUUCACGGACUUUUGGGAAGUUGUCAUAAUCCAAGAAAUUACUUCGACACGGAUCUGACAGAAAUGCUUCUGGAAUACAAUUUUACAGCAUCAAACUAUUCGUUAGCGUUAGAGUCUUUAUCUCUCUGCAAUGCUGGAAGAAAAUUGUCAGAUGAAAGGAUUGGACAACUUUUGGAUAUACUUCCACCCAAGGCUGGUGCUCACUUCUGGACAGAUACUCAAGCUAUGGCUGUGUUGGCUUUAUCCUGUGUUGUAAGAAAGCAACAUUACACAAAUAUCAGCAAAAAUAUAGCGGAAACUUUGAAGUCGUUCAAGAAAAUCCAGAAACCAGAUGGAAGCUUUGGAAACGUGUACACCUCUGGACUUGUAGUACAGGCAUUCCUAGCAGGAGAGGACAACGGACACGGCUGGGACUUCAAACAAGCGUUACGUUAUUUACUCUCUCAGCAACAAGAUGAUGGAUCAUUCGGGGAUCUGCUGGCUACGUACUUCGUACUUCCGGGUCUGGCGUGUCAGAGUUAUGUGGAAUUGGGUUUUGUCAAGUGUGUCGAACCUCCAACCUCCAACACCGGAAAUGGCGCAGCAAUCCAAGAAAUACGAGAGAUCAACAACGAGGGGAGUGCUGAAUAUAUCAAGAUUUGUUACUCUCUGUGGUUCGAAAACGAGAAUGAAGUGAAUCAAACAAUUACUGUGGACGAUAUUCAACCCAACACUACGUUCUUUCAAAUCAUGAAUAAAGCAGCUGAACAACACUCUAAUUACAAGUUUAAAUGGGAAUCAACAGCACUUGGUCCAUAUGUGGUUGAAAUUGCUGGCAUUGCUAAUGAUAUUGUGAACAAGAAAUUUUGGAUGCUCUACGUCAUGGACCCAGCCACAAAUAAGCCCGUAUUGUCUAGCGUGGGUAAGAAACUUUGACUAUAUUUUAUUUUCC